GCAUGCUUUAGUUAUGCCAGCCUAUCUUUCAACAUGGCGAUGCGAUUAGUUUCUCUGCAAUGUGGAUUACAAGUCCAGAAGAGAAAACUGGCUUUCUUGUUACAGCGAGUCAGCUCAUAUCAUGUUUUAAAACAAGACAUUGAACAGAAACGCACGCAGCAUUGCCGAAGACAAACAAAAUUUCAGGAUGUACAUUGGUGGCAUAAAACGGAAAAAAGGUUUUGCUGGCAUGGACAUGCAGGUGGAGGUCUAAAUGCAGAUCCAAAAAAUGUGCUAAAAGAAGUAAACACUGGAAAGAUUCUGUCAGCAAUGUUUUCCUAUGUAUGGCCAAAAGACAGACCUGAUCUACGUGCCAGAGUUGUAGCAUCUCUGGGGUUACUUGCAAGUGCUAAGGCAAUGAAUAUAGUGGUUCCUUUCAUGUUUAAGUAUGCUGUAGAUGAUCUCAAUCAGAUGUCAGGAAACAUACUCAACCUGAAUGAUGCUUCUAAUACAGUUGCUACAGUGGCAACAGCUGUUCUGAUUGGCUAUGGAAUAUCAAGAGCAUCAUCUUCACUGUUUAAUGAGCUUCGAAAUGCAGUGUUUGGAAAAGUAGCACAGAGCUCCAUCAGAAGAAUUGCCAAAAAUGUCUUCCUUCACCUACACAACCUGGAUUUAAACUUUCACCUAAGUCGACAGACAGGAGCUCUGUCUAAGGCUAUUGACCGUGGAACAAGAGGCAUCAGCUUUGUUCUCAGUGCUCUUGUUUUUAACUUGGGGCCAACAAUGUUUGAAGUUGCACUUGUCAGUUCUAUUUUAUAUUAUAAAUUUGGAGGGCAGUUUGCCCUGGUAACACUGGGAACACUGGCAACAUACUCUGCAUUCACCGUCGCAGUUACUCAGUGGAGAACUCGCUUUAGGAUAGAAAUGAACAAAGCAGACAAUGAAGCAGGAAAUGCUGCAAUAGAUUCUCUACUUAAUUAUGAGACUGUUAAGUAUUUCAACAAUGAAAAAUAUGAAGCAGAUAGAUAUGAUGCAUUUAUGAAAGUCUAUGAAACUUCCUCAUUGAAGACUACCUCAACGCUAGCUAUGCUGAACUUUGGCCAAAAUGCUAUUUUUAGCAUUGGACUUACAGCUAUCAUGGUGCUUGCUAGUAAUGGAAUAAUUGCAGGAAACAUGACAGUAGGAGACUUGGUAAUGGUCAAUGGACUGCUUUUUCAGUUGUCACUUCCAUUAAAUUUCCUGGGGACAGUAUAUAGAGAGACUAGACAGGCUCUCAUUGACAUGGAUACUCUCUUUACUCUACUUAGUAUUGAUACCAAAAUAAAGGAAAAAGAACAUGCACGCCCACUGUUGGUAACACCUCAAGAUGCAACUAUUCGUUUUGAAGAUGUGCAGUUUCAGUAUUUGGAAGGACAGAAGGUCUUAAAUGGGAUAUCUUUUGAUGUACCUGCUGGAAAGAAAAUAGCCAUUGUAGGUGGCAGCGGUUCUGGGAAAAGCACAAUUGUAAGGUUGCUUUUUCGGUUUUAUGAACCCCAAAAUGGAAAUAUCUACAUAGCUGAUCAGAAUAUAAAAGAUGUCAGUCUGGAAAGCCUAAGAAAAAUAAUCGGAGUUGUUCCACAGGAUUCUGUUCUGUUCCACAACACAAUCUUUUACAACCUUCAAUAUGGAAACAUUCAUGCCUCCCCAGAAGAAGUGUAUCAAGUGGCAAAAUUAGGAGGAAUUCAUGAUGCAAUUUUAAGAAUGCCAAGUGGAUAUAAUACCCAAGUGGGAGAGAGAGGUCUGAAGUUAUCAGGAGGAGAAAAACAGAGAGUUGCUAUAGCCAGAGCUAUUUUGAAAAAUCCACCAAUACUUCUGUAUGAUGAGGCCACAUCUUCUCUAGAUUCCAUCACAGAAGAGAAUAUUCUUACUGCAAUGAAAGAAAUGGUUAAAGAUCGUACAUCUAUUUUCAUCGCUCACAGACUCUCAACCAUUGUAGAUGCUGAUGAAAUUAUUGUUUUGGAUCAGGGCAAAGUUGCAGAGCGAGGCACUCAUUGGUCUCUUUUGAGUAAUCCCAAUAGUCUGUACACUGAACUGUGGAACACACAGAACAGCAAGAUACUUAAAAACAACAAUCAGCCAAAUGAGAACUUCGAGCGAAUGUCAGUAAAGGAAGAAGAACGAAAAAAGUUGCAAGAAGAAAUUUUGAACAGUGUAAAAGGCUGUGGAAACUGCUCUUGUUAAGCACUGGCAUGAGAAAAUUUGGACUCACAAAAUGAAUAAAAAUAUUUGUUCUGUAAUUAACACUUCUACAGUUAAGUUCCAGUUUUUCCAGCUCCUUUGAAAAUCUGUAAGAAAGUACUUGUAUCAUGAAAGAUGUGAUGAUCAUUGUAUAAUUAUUUUGUCAAACAGACCAUUUUUCAGAUGUGUAUUUUGUUAAGUAACAAAAUUAUUUGGGUGUAUUUUAUUAUAUUGGUAUAGAAUCUAUACAAUAACAUUUUUACAUAAUGAAAUGAUGCAUUGUUGAAUAUUCUUACCAAAAAUUAUGAAAUUAUAUUCAGUAAAUUAA